CAGGCAGCGUAAUGAAACGGCCUCCUUGCCUUUCAGAUGGGCUGGAGGUCAAGUUCGUUUAUUUGUUUUUAAUUUAGCUGAACUUAGAGGCAGGUUGAAAGAUGCCUUUGCCGGCAGGGAUCUUUUGAAUAGCUGCACAAACCUUUUGGUCUCUCUGUCGCUUCCCUCCAACCUCUCCUCUCGUUUGCAGGAUUAGAAAAGCACUUGGGAGGCACAUUCAUCUUGCCGGCGUUGUCAGGAGUGAUCAGCGAGUUUUAUUAAAAGCCCCGGGACUGCCUGAAAAGCCUCCUUGUCUGAGUUUGAAAUGAAAGGGGCAUGUUAAGAUCUUGGGGCACACUGUCCGGACCCCUUGCCCUGCCCCUUGGACUAUGAGCUAACAUCCCUGGGGGAAGCACAGAAGCCCUCCUUUGUUGAAGGGAUUUCGCCGGUGGACAAAUGGAGCUGGCCCCUGACAGCAUGAGCUCUCGGAGCUGGGGAGGGCCCCGUGCCCUGCCGCCGCCGCCGCUGCUGCUGCUGCUGCUGCUGCUGCUGUUGCUGCUGCCGGGCUGGGCAGGUCCCACCUUCAUCAGUGUUAACCGUGGGGUCAGGGUGAUGAAGGGCAGCUCUGCCUUCCUGUUGGGGGAUGACCUGAAGUUUGCCAUCCCCAAGGAGAAAGAUGCUUGCAAAGUAGAAGUCGUGAUGAACGAGCCAAUGACCCAGAGGGUUGGGAAACUCACUCCACAGGUCUUUGACUGCCAUUUCCUUCCUAAUGAAGUAAAGUAUAUUCACAAUGGUUGCCCGAUUCUUGAUGAAGACACAGUGAAGCUUAGACUUUACAGAUUUACUGAGACGGAUACCUUCAUGGAAACCUUUAUCCUGCGGGUCUAUCUCCUGGAACCAGACUGUAACAUCAUCCGUAUGAGUAACAACGUACUGGAGGUGUCCGAAUUCUAUGGCCUGUCCCGAGCCAUUGAUAAGAACGUGCUCCGAUUUGACUACGAGGGGGCGGCCGGCCUGGAGUGCACAGUCAGGCUGGAUCCUGUGGGAAGCCGGCUGCCAGCCCACGGUCAGGUGGUCCUGCUGGAGCCUCGGCCAGAAAAACCUCGUGGAGAUCAGCCGCACAGUUUUUUCCCUGAAUCUCAACUGCGAACAGACCUGAAGUGUCCAGGUGGAAGCUGUAGCCUGGGCCUGAAGAAAGCAGGAAGUAUCAAAGUGAGCUGUGAGGAGUUCCUGCUGAUGGGGCUUCGUUACCAACACACGGACCCCCCUUCUCCCAACAUUGAUUACAUCUCCAUCCGGCUGGACCUCACAGAUGCCAGGAGUAAAAUCGUAUACAAGUCAGAGAGUGCGUGGUUGCCCGUCUAUAUCAGAGCCGGCAUUCCUAAUCAGAUUCCAAGGGCUGCGUUCAUGGCCAUGUUUAUUCUGGAAGUGGAUCAGUUCAUCCUGACCUCUUUGACCACAGCCGUUCUGGACUGUGAAGAGGAUGAGACGCCCAAGCCCUUGCUGGUGUUCAACGUUACUAAGGCCCCACCCCAGGGCUACGUGACUCAUCUGUGGGAUCACACCAGACCCAUCUCCUCAUUCACCUGGAAAGAUCUAAGCGACAUGCAGAUAGCCUAUCAGCCGCCAAACAGCAGCCAUUCUGUGAGGAGACAUUACGAGGUGGAGGUGGAGGCUUACGACUUCUUCUUUGAGAGGAGCGCACCCAUUACAGUCCACAUCUCCAUCAGAACAGCGGAUACGAAUGCCCCGCGAGUGUCCUGGAACACAGGUCUGAAUCUUCUGGAGGGGCAGUCUCGGGCCAUCACUUGGGAACAGUUUCAGAUUGUUGACAAUGAUGACAUCCGUGCUGUCCAGCUGGUCACCGUGGGUGGCCUGCAGCAUGGACAGCUUACAGUAAGAGGGGGGAAAGGAUUUCUCUUCACUGUGGCUGACCUUCAGGCUGGAGUUGUUCGCUAUCAUCAUGACGACAGUGACUCCACCAAAGACUUUGUGGUCUUCAGGAUAUUCGAUGGCCAUCACAGCAUCCGCCAUAAGUUUCCCAUCAACAUUUUGCCCAAAGAUGACAGUCCCCCGUUCCUCGUAAACAAUGUAGUAAUUGAACUGGAGGAGGGACAGACCAUACUGAUCCAGGGUUCCAUGCUGAGAGCAUCAGAUAUGGACUCCAGUGAUGACUACAUCUUCUUUAAUAUCACAAAACCCCCUCAGGCCGGAGAGAUCAUGAAGAAGUCAGGGCCAGGGCUGAUAGGCUAUCCUGUCCCUGGCUUCCUUCAGAGGGAUCUAUUUAAUGGCAUCAUUCACUAUCGUCACUUUGGUGGAGAGAUCUUUGAAGACUCUUUUGAAUUUGUCCUGUGGGAUAGCCAUGAACCUCCAAAUCUCUCAGUGCCACAGAUGGUGACCAUCCACAUUACUCCAGUGGACGACCAGCUUCCAAAGGAGGCUCCUGGAGUUUCUCGGCAUUUGGUUGUCAAGGAAACCGAGGUGGCCUACAUAACUAAGAAGCAUCUAUGUUUUAUAGAUACAGAAUAUGACAGGGAUCUCGUCUACACAGUAACAACACCCCCAUCUUUCUCUUUCAGCCACAGGCAUCUGGAUGCUGGGAAAUUAUUUAUGGUGGAUAGUAUUCCAAAGCUAACCAAAAACCCUGCAGCCCUGGGGCUGAGAUCAUUCACUCAGCAUGCUGUGAACUACAUGAAAGUGGCCUACAUGCCACCCAUGCAAGAUAUAGGCCUCCAUCCGGGACACGUCCAGUUUGCAUUUUCUGUCAGUAACCAGCACGGGGGCACUUUGCAUGGGAUCUGCUUUAACAUCACGGUUCUUCCAGUGGAUAACCAAGUCCCUGAGGUAUUUACCAACCCCCUGAGAGUGGCGGAGGGAGGUCACUGCGUCAUCAGCACAGAGAACAUUCUGGUUUCUGAUGUGGAUACCCAACUGGACAAUAUCUACCUCUCCCUACAGAGACUGCCUCAGCAUGGAAGGGUGGAGUUGGAUGGAUUUCCUCUAAACCCAGGAGGCACAUUUUCUUGGGGAGAACUCCAUGCCUUAAAAGUUAGGUAUCGACAUGAUGGAUCUGAGAUGCUUCAGGAUGAUAUAUUCUUGGAGGUCACAGAUGGCACGAAUUCAGCAGACUUUGUUCUACGUGUUGAGGUAUUCCCUGUAAAUGAUGAGCCACCACUCCUCAAGGCUGACCUCAUCCCCAUGAUGCAUUGCUCAGAAGGCGAAGAGGUGGUCAUCACCUCUGAACACAUUUCUGCUACUGAUGUGGACGGUGAUGACUCGAGACUGAUGUUUGUGAUCGCCCGAGCACCUCAGCACGGGCUGGUGAGGAAAGCUGGAGUCGCAGUGGAUCAGUUCUCUCAGGGAGAUGUCAUCUCGGGGGCUGUGACAUACAAACACACGGGUGGUGAGAUUGGCCUGGUGCCUUGUUAUGAUACCAUUACAUUGGUGGUUUCGGAUGGAGAAGCUGGUCCUUAUGUGAAUGGCUGUUGCUACAAUGGGCCUCAUCCAUCUGUUCCUGUUCAUGAGUCCUUUCCAGUGUAUGACCUCAACAUCACAGUACACCCAGUGGACAACCAAUCACCUUCAAUUGCAAUAGGUACCAUGUUCGUUGUAGAUGAGGGUUUCUCAGCAGCCAUUACCAUUAACCAUUUGUCCGCCACUGACCCCGACACUGCAGUGGAUGACUUGGAAGUUGUUUUGGUUUCUCUUCCCCAGUUCGGCUACCUUGAAAACACUCUUCCUUCUGCAGGUUUUGAAAAAAGCAAUAUGGGCAUAAGCAUAGCUUCGUUCCAGUGGAAAGACAUGAAGGCUUUACACAUUAACUAUGUGCAAUCCAGACAUCUGAGGGUGGAACCGACGGCUGACCAGUUCAUGGUGUAUGUCACAGAUGGGAAGCGACGCUCCUUGGAGAUACCGUUUCACGUUAUAAUCAACCCCACAAAUGAUGAAGCUCCUGACUUUGUAGUGCAGAAUAUUACUGUGUGUGAGGGUCAGAGGAAAGAGUUGGAUACCUCCAUCAUCAAUGCUGCUGAUCUAGACGUUCCCAAGGAUUCCUUGCUGUUCAGCAUCACUCAUAAACCACGCCAUGGCUUCCUCACCAACGGGAUGCUUAGCAAAGAGUUUCCUCCAAAUAAGCAGCCUGCCAACCCCAGCCAGAGGCAUGAACUUAUUCACAGCUUUUCCUUGGAACUUCUCAAGAAUGGAAUGAAGUUGAUGUAUGCGCAUGAUGACUCAGAGAGCCUUGCUGAUGACUUUACAAUCCAAUUGUCAGAUGGGAAACAUAAGAUAUUAAAAACGAUUUCAGUAGAAAUCACCCCAGUUAAUGAUGAGAAACCAAUGCUGAGCAAGAAGGCUGAACUUACAGUGAAAAUGGGUGAAGCUCGAAUUGUUUCUAGUGCCAUUCUUUCGGCCAUAGAUGAAGACUCACCCAGGGAGAAGAUUUACUAUUUAUUUGAAAGGCUUCCCCAAAAUGGGCAACUUCAACUUAAGCUAGGGAGGGACUGGGUCCCUCUCCACCCUGGCAUGAAGUGCACUCAGGAGGACGUCGAUCUGAACUUGCUGAGAUACACACACACCGGGGCGAUGGACUCCCAGAACCGAGACAGCUUUACCUUCUACCUCUGGGAUGGUGACAACAGGUCACCGGCAUUUGACUGUCACAUCACCAUCAAGGAUAUGGGAAAAGGCGACAUUGUCAUCCUUGCAAAACCGCUUGUGGUGUCUAAAGGUGAGCGAGGUUUCUUGACGACCACCACUCUCCUUGCAGUGGAUGGAACAGACAAACCCGAGGAACUGCUCUACAUCAUCACUUCCGUUCCGCGGUAUGGCCAGGUCGAAUAUGUCCGCUAUCCUGGAGUCCCCAUUACAAGCUUCAGCCAAAUGGACAUAGCAGGACAGACAGUCUGUUAUGUACAUAAGAGCAAGGCGGCUGUCUCCCAUGAUACCUUCAGAUUCAUUGUCAGCAAUGGGCUGCAGACCAAACAGGGGGUGUUUGAGAUCACACUGGAGACCGUGGACAGAGCCUUACCCGUGGUGACCAGGAACAGGGGGCUGAGACUGGCCGAGGGGGCCACGGGCCUGCUUUCCCCUGACCUCCUCCAGCUGACCGACCCUGACACCCCAGCGGAGAACCUCACCUUCGUGUUGGUCCGGCUCCCACAACAUGGCCAGCUUUACCUGCGGGGGACAAUGUUGCUUCGGCACAACUUCACUCAGCAGGACGUGGACAGCAGGAAUGUGGCCUACAGGCACUUGGGAGGGGACUCCCAGGUUGACUGCUUUACUUUUGUGGCCACAGAUAGGACAAACCAAGGCUUUGUUGUGGAUGGGAGAGUGGGACAAGAACCUGUUACAUUCACCAUCCAGGUUGACCAGUUGGACAAAACAGCCCCCCAUAUCACACACUUGCACUCCCCUUCUCAAGUGGGGCUCCUGAAAAAUGGCUGUUAUGGGAUUUACCUCACUUCCCAUGUGUUGAAGGCAACAGACCCUGACACUGAUGACGAUCUGAUCAUCUUUAAAAUUCUACGAGGCCCCCAACAUGGACAUCUGGAGGACACAACAACGGGUGAAUUUAUCCACGAGAAAUUUACCCAAAAGGACUUAAACAGUAAGACCAUUCUUUACAUCCUAAACCCAUCUUUGGAAGUUAAUUCAGAUAUCCUGGAAUUUCAAAUCAUGGACCCCACAGGGAACUCUGCCGCUCCUCAAAUUUUGGAACUGAAGUGGUCUCAUAUUGAAUGGUCACAGGCUGAAUAUGAGGUCUGUGAGACUGUGGGCAUGUUAUCCUUAGAAAUUACCAGAAGGGGAUAUUCCAUGGACUCAGCCUUCGUGAGUGUAAAGGUCAAGCAAGUGUCUGCUACAGUUGGAAAAGACUUCACUCUGACUCCAUCUAAACUGAUUCAGUUUGACCCAGGAAUGUCAACUAAGAUGUGGAAUAUAGCAAUUACCUAUGACGGAUUAGAGGAAGAUGAUGAGGUCUUUGAAGUAAUUCUCAACUCCCCCGUGAAUGCAGUUCUUGGCAUAAAGACAAAAGCGGCAGUGAAAAUUUUGGACUCAAAAGGAGGACAGUGCUAUCCUUCAUAUUCCUUCAACCCAAACAAGCACAGUGCGUGGGAGAAGGGCCUUUGGCGCCCACUGUCCCCAGGGUCUUCCUCACCCGCCUCUUCUGGUUCCUUUCAUCUGGAAAGAAGACCCCUUCCAUCUUCCAAGCGGCCAGCAGUCACCAGGGGAGACACUCUCCAGGGCUUUGCUUCCACAGAUCUUUCUCGUAUGAAGCUGAGGACCCAAGGGAAAGGCAAAACAGUUCUUCCAUCCUCUGUUUAUAGAAAUGGAACAGACAUCAUCUAUAAUUAUCAUGGAAUGGUUUCCCUGCAACUACAGGACGAUAGUUCCCCAUCUCGCAAAAGGAAGGCCAACAUAUCCAGUAUUAAUCAGCCACAGGAGACAAGCCAAGGGGCAGAACUGCCUCAGGCAGAUAAGGUGGAAUCCACAACUGGCUCGCACUUCUCCAGACAGGCCCGGUUGCCCUCAUUUCCAAAGAACUGCACACUGGAAUUAAAGGGACUCUUCCACUUCCAAGAAAGCCUCCGAAAGCUGUACAAGUGUGAUGGGAUUACCUGGAGAGUGUGGAGCCCCCAAACCGAGGUGGGACCUGGGAUGAACAGCAAAGAGGUGGAAGGUGGAUCCUGCCCAGCUGGGUGGCACCGUCACUCAGGCUACUGCCACUCCGUGAUCACGGAACACAAAGGCACCUGGGACACAGCAGCCCGAGCUUGCCAAGAACAUCACCUGGGCAGCCUCGUUACCGUUCUCUCCAGGCAGCAUAUGCGGUGGCUGUGGGACAUCAGCGGACGGAAGCCAUUUUGGAUAGGUUUGAAUGACCAAGUGCAUGCUGGCCACUGGGAGUGGAUUGGUGGUGAACCUGUCGUCUUCACCAACUGGAGGAAGGGCCCCCCUCCACGUUCAAAGCCUGGGAAGAACUGUGUUUUGGCUCAAAGACAAGGGAAAUGGCAAACGCAGGACUGUAGCAAGAGCAAACCGCACAGUUACGUGUGCUCCAGGAAACUCGAAAUGUAACUAGCCUUACAGGUGCCCACUUGGAAUUUCUCACCUAUUUAUUUACAGGAUUUGUACAUGUUGUUCAAUAGAAGACAAGGUGUCAUGAUUGACUGGGUACAUUUUUUUUUUAAAUCAUAGUUUAUGAGUGAUUCUAUCUGGUAAAAAAGGAACAUAGAAGAAGAGUUCCAGGAAGAUCGAUCAAUGAAUAUUUCUUUAGGGAAGACAGACAAUUCUUGGAUUUCAAUACAUUUCAGAAUAAAUGCCUGAAGUAUUAUAUGGUCCAAGAUUUGCUGAUUCCAGGAGACUCCCAUCCUGACCCCACUCCAUAUCUGAGUCAGUACCAAUUUCAUGGUCCUUGGAUUUUUUUUUUUAAUCCCAAUAUCUCAAAUGAGCCCAUUCCAAAAUCUGUAUUGCUGGUGCUUCUCCCACUUCAGUCUGAGUAAAAGAAAUUCUACCGGUUCCUUAAAUCACAGUUGAGGUGCCAUCGUUGCUUUGCCCCUUUGGAGGUCUUUCACAUGUGAAACCUAAGAUAAGAGGCUGUGGAUAAAAAGAGUAUUGUCCGUGGUGGAAAAGGAAGGCUUUACAUGGGAGAAUCUCACAGAUGGAAACUCAUUUGCAAAGCUCUAGUUCAAGUGAGAAUUCAGAGGCUACCUGUACCCCAGAGGUCUACCCAUCACCACUCGUGAGACAGAUUGCUUUCUUCAAUGAAAAUGUUGGCCUUGUACCAUUCCAAAGCCAAUCAUUCCAUUUCCCUGGCCUUACGGAUUCAUGAGAAAUCUGAAGCCACACGAACCUCUCUUUUCAUUUGUGUGUGUAGUACGCGGUGACAUUUCUCAAGGACGUUUGAAAUAGAGUAUAUGUGAAUGAGGGUUACAAGUUGGGAGAAAAACGCUGCUUCCUCAGAAGUGUCCCAAUGAACUAUGUUGAUGAACAAAGAAAAAUAAUACUGAAAACAGAGCCCUUGAAAACCUAUAUUCUCAGGAAGGAUUUUGAUAUAAUUUUGAGCCCUGAAGUCUUUAAUAUUUGUAGAAAUGACACGCUAAGUUGAUUCGCUAACAUAAAGGUACCUUAUUAAUUUAUAAUAUCAGCAGAACAAAACAUUUUUGUACCAGUGAGACGUGUUGCAGCCUUACAAGAACUCCCAUCUGAAAUCAAGGUUUAAUUACAGGAAAUUAGAAAUUUACUUCUGAAGCGUUCGCUCUAAAUUUUCCUCUUCACAAUCACUGAAAAGAACGGUUGUGCCAAAUGUAACUUUCUCUCUGAGCACCGGUGUAAUUUCAGCAUCAAAAUGGGGUUCCCAAGUAGACGAAAGCUGUGGUGCAGGUUUUAUUAUAAUAACAUGUUCAGUAAAACUAAAAUAAACUGAAGAGAUUCAGUCCGGUUUCUGGAUAUAACGCAUGACCAGCUUGUCUUAUUUCUGCUCAUUUAUCAAGAUUUUAGUUAUUAGAAGUAUUUACAAAGAGCAGCUGGGAUAAAGUUUAGGCAUUAAUGGCAUCGCGGAGUCAGAAGGCUCCUUACCUUCGGUAUCACGAGUAGUCUGGACUGAUACAACAUCCAGAUCUCUUGUAUGACACAAGCAUUCUCUGGUAUUUAACCAAAAGAUUCAAAACCCACCCUCCAUACCAGCUCCCAUCCUUUCUGGUCCACGGGCCUCUGUAGUGCGGGCAGGUGAGAUGCCAGUUAAAGAAACGAAGAGUUGUUUACCUAAAGAGGUCCAUCCUAGGAGGGAAAGUAAAAGUUCAAGAAAUGGAGAACUCAGGGGCCACUUCUUCCUACUAAAACCCUAGGACUAUGUUAACUAGUCAAAACUGGGAAUCCAGAACCAUGGCUGUUGAGUAGAACCUGGUCAGUGCGGUAGAUUUUAUCAUACUUUUCUGAAAUGACAAUGAUAUGUAAGUGUAAUUGCAAAUGUUAGCACAAGGAGAGGGUGUUUUGAUUUGUAUAGCAACUAGAAAUACGAGAAUAAUAUUUUUAAGUAUUCCUGCUUGUGAAGGCAGCAAUCAGGUUGUAAUAGCCAAGUAAUUGAAAGAAGAUAACAAACAAGCAUUUGGACAAGUUGGGGAGCUGGGCAAUAUUUAUCAUGAACUUAUUCCUUUCUCAUAUUCCUUUCUCCAUUCCCCUUUGACUCAGGGGGGAAAAAGAAGUAAAUGAUUGUCAUCUGAAAAAUAAACAGACAGACAGACACACACACACACACACACACACACACACAAGCAAAAAAAGGAGCGGGGGGCACCUAACUGGCUCGGUCGAUGGAAUGUGCAACACUUCAUCUUGGUGUUGUGAGUUUGAGCCCCAGGUCGGAUGUAGAGACUACUUAAAAUCUUAAAAAAAAUUUUUUUAAUGUUUAUUUUUGAGAGAGAGAAAGAGAGAGAGAGCACGAGUGAGGGAGAGGCAGAGAGAGAGGGAGACACAGAAUCUGAAGCAGGCUCCAGGUUCUGAGCUGUCAGCCCAGAGCCCAACACGGGGCUCAAACCCACAAACUGCGAGAUCAUGACCUGAGCUAAAGUGGAUGCUGAAUCGACUGAGCCACCCAGGUACCCCAAAAAAUAAAAGCUUAAAAAAAAGUAAAUUAUCGUCAUGUUCUCUCUGCCAAGAUCGGUCAUUGUCACCUGUCAGGUUCUGGUGGGAGCAGGAAGGAAGGAAAUGGUGUAAUGGUAGAACAGAGAGGGGAGAUUAUAGGAGAAAGGAGAGAAGGGUUGAGCAGAAGAGAUGGGACAGGUGGUAGCUAAGAAGGAGAGCAUCAGAAAGAAAGACUUACGUGCCACCCGGCUCUUCUCCCCAGAUUCGAGUACCUUAGGAAAAGUCCCCUCUACCCAAGAGCAUCAACCCAGCUAAACAGUGUGUAGCUUUUCAGUAUCCUGUGAUGUUUGCUUUUUAACCAAAGCAUACAUAUAUAUACAUAUAUAUGUAUGGCAUAUAUUUUGCUAAACAUAAACUUAAAAACAGAUGAUAAUUAUUUCAUCUCCUUCCAAGGAAUGGUAAAAAUGAACCAGGUGACCUUUAUUUACAUUUCCAUUUUUGUAUAUUUUUAAUACAGUCAAAAAGAACACGCACAUGUUUUUUCAUUAACACUAUGGUUCUGUAUAAUUCAAACCAAGAACUGGUGCUGAUUAAUUUUUGCAACCAAGCCGCAUGUUCAAUGUACUGUUUCUAGCAUUGUAUCAAAAUUAAUAAAAUGAUCUUAUUU